GGAAGGAAGCCCAGAAAGGGCCUCUGCUCUUUGAUGAUCUCCCACCAGCCAGCAGCACUGACCCGGGGAAGGGAGGCUCUUUGCUUUUUGAUGAUCUUCCACCAGCCAGCAGCGACAACGCAGCCUCCAGUGCUACCGAGCAGGUCUCAUCAGCAGGGAGCCAUGGGAAAGGAGAGAAGAGAAAGUCCUUGGAGGAGGAAGAGAAGAAUGGGAGGGAAGAACUUGUGGAAAAGAAAGUUUGUAAAGGGUCAGUGGGCAUUCUUGGACUGAAGGGUUAUGUGGCAGAGAGGAAAGGUGAAAGAGAAGACAUGCAGGAUGCACAUGUCAUCUUAAACGACAUCACUGAGGAAUGCCAGCCUCUGCCCUCCCAAAUCACACGUGUCUCCUACUUCGCUGUUUUUGAUGGCCACGGGGGAGUCAGAGCCUCAAAAUUUGCAGCACAGAAUCUUCACCAAAACCUGAUUAAGAAGUUUCCUAAAGGUGAGAUAGUCAGCGUGGAGAAAACUGUGAAGAGAUGCCUUUUGGACACCUUCAAACACACAGAUGAGGAGUUUCUAAAGCAGGCAUCCAGCCAGAAGCCAGCAUGGAAGGAUGGCUCCACAGCUACUUGUGUCCUAGCUGUUGACAAUAUUCUCUACAUAGCCAACCUUGGGGACAGCCGGGCGAUUCUGUGUCGUUACAACGAGGAGAGCCAGAAACACACAGCCUUAAGCCUCAGCAAGGAGCACAACCCCACCCAAUAUGAGGAGCGUAUGCGGAUACAGAAAGCUGGGGGAAAUGUCAGGGACGGCAGAGUGCUGGGGGUGCUGGAGGUGUCCCGCUCCAUCGGGGAUGGGCAGUACAAGCGCUGCGGGGUCAUCUCCGUCCCGGACAUCAAACGCUGCCAGCUCACACACAACGACAGGUUCAUUCUGAUAGCAUGCGACGGCCUCUUUAAAGUCUUUACACCAGAAGAAGCUGUGAACUUCAUUGUGUCCUGCCUGGAGGACAAGAACGUGCAGAUGAGAGAGGGGAAGCUGGAGGCCGACGCUCGGUACGAGGCUGCCUGUGGCAGGCUGGCAAACAAGGCUGUGCAGCGUGGCUCCGCCGACAACGUCACCGUGCUGCUGGUGCGGAUAGAGCGCUGA